AUGGGAAAAACGCGAUUAUGGGAAAAACGCGAUUAUGGGAAAAACGCGAUUAUGGGAAAAACGCGAUUAUGGGAAAAACGCGAUUAUGGGAAAAACGCGAUUAUGGGAAAAACGCGAUUAUGGGAAAAACGCGAUUAUGGGAAAAACGCGAUUAUGGGAAAAACGCGAUUAUGGGAAAAACGCGAUUAUGGGAAAAACGCGAUUAUGGGAAAAACGCGAAUGUGGGAAAAACGCGAAUGUGGGAAAAACGCGAAUGUGGGAAAAACGCGAAUGUGGGAAAAACGCGAAUGUGGGAAAAACGCGAAUGUGGGAAAAACGCGAAUGUGGGAAAAACGCGAAUGUGGGAAAAACGCGAAUGUGGGAAAAACGCGAAUGUGGGAAAAACGCGAAUGUGGGAAAAACGCAAAUGUGGGAAAAACGCAAAUGUGGGAAAAACGCAAAUGUGGGAAAAACGCAAAUGUGGGAAAAACGCAAAUGUGGGAAAAACGCAAAUGUGGGAAAAACGCAACUGUGGGAAAAACGCAACUGUGGGAAAAACGCAACUGUGGGAAAAACGCAACUGUGGGAAAAACGCAAAUGUGGGAAAAACGCAAAUGUGGGAAAAACGCAAAUAUGGGAAAAACGCAAAUAUGGGAAAAACGCAAAUAUGGGAAAAACGCAAAUAUGGGAAAAACGCAAAUAUGGGAAAAACGCAAAUAUGGGAAAAACGCAAAUAUGGGAAAAACGCAAAUAUGGGAAAAACGCAAAUAUGGGAAAAACGCAAAUAUGGGAAAAACGCAAAUAUGGGAAAAACGCAAAUACGGGAAAAACGCAAAUACGGGAAAAACGCAAAUACGGGAAAAACGCAAAUACGGGAAAAACGCAAAUACGGGAAAAACGCAAAUACGGGAAAAACGCAAAUACGGGAAAAACGCAAAUACGGGAAAAACGCAAAUACGGGAAAAACGCAAAUACGGGAAAAACGCAAAUAUGGGAAAAACGCAAAUAUGGGAAAAACGCAAAUAUGGGAAAAACGCAAAUAUGGGGAAAACGGAAAUAUGGGGAAAACGGAAAUAUGGGGAAAACGCAAAUAUGAGGAAAACACAUAUAUGGGAAAACUUACCUGAAAUCUGCCUCUUCUCAAAACGCAAAUAUGGGGAAAAACGCAAAUAUGGGGAAAAACGCAAAUAUGGGGAAAAACGCAAAUAUGGGGAAAAACGCAAAUAUGGGGAAAAACGCAAAUAUGGGGAAAGACGCAAAUAUGGGGAAAGACGCAAAUAUGGGGAAAGACGCAAAUAUGGGGAAAGACGCAAAUAUGGGGAAAGACGCAAAUAUGGGGAAAGACGCAAAUAUGGGGAAAGACGCAAAUAUGGGGAAAGACGCAAAUAUGGGGAAAGACGCAAAUAUGGGGAAAGACGCAAAUAUGGGGAAAGACGCAAAUAUGGGGAAAGACGCAAAUAUGGGGAAAGACGCAAAUAUGGGGAAAGACGCAAAUAUGGGGAAAGACGCAAAUAUGGGGAAAGACGCAAAUAUGGGGAAAAACGCAAAUAUGGGGAAAAACGCAAAUAUGGGGAAAAACGCAAAUAUGGGGAAAAACGCAAAUAUGGGGAAAAACGCAAAUAUGGGGAAAAACGCAAAUAUGGGGAAAAACGCAAAUAUGGGGAAAAACGCAAAUAUGGGGAAAAACGCAAAUAUGGGGAAAAACGCAAAUAUGGGGAAAAACGCAAAUAUGGGGAAAAACGCAAAUAUGGGGAAAAACGCAAAUAUGGGGAAAAACGCAAAUAUGGGGAAAAACGCAAAUAUGGGGAAAAACGCAAAUAUGGGGAAAAACGCAAAUAUGGGGAAAAACGCAAAUAUGGGGAAAAACGCAAAUAUGGGGAAAAACGCAAAUAUGGGGAAAAACGCAAAUAUGGGGAAAAACGCAAAUAUGGGGAAAAACGCAAAUAUGGGGAAAAACGCAAAUAUGGGGAAAAACGCAAAUAUGGGGAAAAACGCAAAUAUGGGGAAAAACGCAAAUAUGGGGAAAAACGCAAAUAUGGGGAAAAACGCAAAUAUGGGAAUCCAACAGAGACCUUUCAUGGGGAAAAACGCAAAUAUGGGGAAAAACGCAAAUAUGGGGAAAAACGCAAAUAUGGGGAAAAACGCAAAUAUGGGGAAAAACGCAAAUAUGGGGAAAAACGCAAAUAUGGGGAAAAACGCAAAUAUGGGGAAAAACGCAAAUAUGGGGAAAAACGCAAAUAUGGGGAAAAACGCAAAUAUGGGGAAAAACGCAAAUAUGGGGAAAAACGCAAAUAUGGGGAAAAACGCAAAUAUGGGGAAAAACGCAAAUAUGGGGAAAAACGCAAAUAUGGGGAUAAACGCAAAUAUGGGGAUAAACGCAAAUAUGGGGAUAAACGCAAAUAUGGGGAUAAACGCAAAUAUGGGGAUAAACGCAAAUAUGGGGAUAAACGCAAAUAUGGGGAUAAACGCAAAUAUGGGGAUAAACGCAAAUAUGGGGAUAAACGCAAAUAUGGGGAUAAACGCAAAUAUGGGGAUAAACGCAAAUAUGGGGAUAAACGCAAAUAUGGGGAUAAACGCAAAUAUAGGGAAAAACGCAAAUAUAGGGAAAAACGCAAAUAUAGGGAAAAACGCAAAUAUAGGGAAAAACGCAAAUAUAGGGAAAAACGCAAAUAUAGGGAAAAACGCAAAUAUAGGGAAAAACGCAAAUAUAGGGAAAAACGCAAAUAUAGGGAAAAACGCAAAUAUAGGGAAAAACGCAAAUAUAGGGAAAAACGCAAAUGUGGGAAAAACGCAAAUGUGGGAAAAACGCAAAUGUGGGAAAAACGCAAAUGUGGGAAAAACGCAAAUGUGGGAAAAACGCAAAAAUGGGAAAAACGCAAAAAUGGGAAAAACGCAAAAAUGGGAAAAACGCAAAAAUGGGAAAAACGCAAAAAUGGGAAAAACGCAAAAAUGUGA